AUGUAUUUUGCAGGGAGAUCAUACAGUGUAUUAAAAACAAUUUGGAGAAGUCAAAACCAAUCAUUGCGAUUAUUCUUUAAGAAAGUUAAAACAUCAUCGUCAUUGAAUUUAGUUUUUCCCUGUAAAAUUAGUCCUGUGCUAUCAGUUCCCGAAUCAAUACCAAAACCUCCCUAUGUCACUAAUAAUGGAUCCUAUAGGACAAUUGAUACAAUUGAAAUAAAAAAUGAGAACCAGAUUGGACAUCUAAGACAGUCAUGUCAGUUAGCCAGAAAGAUCCUCGAUUAUACUUCUUCCAAAUUAGAGGUUGGAAUAACUACAAAUGAUAUAGAUAUAAUUGUACAUAAUAAAUGUUUAGAAGAAAACUGUUACCCAUCACCAUUAUUAUAUCGUAAUUUCCCUAAGUCAGUCUGUACAUCUGUUAAUAAUGUAGCCUGUCAUGGUAUACCUGAUUCUAGACCACUACAGAAUGGUGAUCUCAUCAAUAUAGAUAUUACUGUUUACUAUAAUGGAUAUCAUGGUGAUUUAUCAGAAACUUAUAUCGUUGGUGAUUGUGAUGAAUCUGGGCACCAUUUAGUUGAUGCUGCAAGAAAAUGUCGUGAUGCUGGAAUACAUGCCUGUAAACCUGGUGCCAUGAUCUCAGACAUAGGCAGGAAUAUUAGUGAAGAAGCGGAGAAAGAAAAUGUAAAUAUAAUAUCAGUAUUUUGUGGUCAUGGUAUAGGAGAAUAUUUUCAUGGUUUACCUAGCAUUAUUCAUGACAAUGUCAUGAUGGAAGCAGGUAUGAGUUUUACUGUUGAACCAGUUAUAACAGAAGGUAAUGAUGAAGUAGUAAUAUUAGAAGAUGGUUGGACAGCUAUAACCAAAGAUAACUGUAGAACAGCUCAAUUUGAACAUACAAUUGUAAUUACAUCUACUGGUGUAGAAAUAUUAACUUUAUAA